UUGAAUGCCUUCACUUCAUCUUUAGACAAUCUUUAUUUUCAUUGGAGUUGAAGACAAGCAUCCAACAUUGGUUGAAUGUCAAGAAUCAUGUUUUGACUUCCGCAAACCAAAGUACACCGAAUAAAUAUUAUCGGAAGAAAUCAUAUUAGUUUCAAACACAGAGAGCUCGACACACUUUAACUAUAAAGAAAAUAAGAAAUAUCAAAUUUAAAUCAACUUGGUUAAGAAAAUUAAGUUUAUUUUAUUGAAGAGUCCUAGAUGAGAGUGGAGCAUUGAGAAAGCAAAAUCAUCUCGCCACGUUGUUGUAUUUGAGAGCCAAACAUGUCGCCCACUAACAAACUAUAAUUUUUCUUUACGCGACUUCAUCCCAAUGCUAGCAAGCUAGCUACGCCUUACAAACACAACAUUUAUAAAUCAAUAACAUGGCAUUAUAUAAAACUAAAGUAAACAAAAUGGGCGUAUCCAAGAAAUGGUUGAGAAUUGUUCGUAAAAAAUUCUUAAGAUAUUCUUCCAAUAAAGACAUAAUAACACUCCCUCCUCGUACAAGUGUUUGCACAAAUCAAAGCGAACAAGCCAUACUUGAAAACCAAGUAACCACCGUUAGCGAAGACUUGAGGAUAAGUUUGCCAUUACAAGCUAUUAAUUAUUCAUCAAACAUAUUCACCAAGGAACACUUUGCGGCAAUUAAGAUUCAAGCUUAUUUCAGGGCUCAUCUCGCAAGAAGAGCACAUAGGGCAUUGAAAAGCCUUGUGAAGCUACAAGCGUUAGUUCGUGGGGUGUGUGUGAGGAGACAAUCGCGUAUAGCAAUGCAAUGUAUGAACGCACUUGUUCGCUUACAAGUCAGGGUUCGUGCAAGGCAAUUACUUGGUACUACUAGUUUUGAUCAUAGUUAUAAUUAGUGUUUGUUUAGAAACAAGUCGAGUGUCAAAUUGAAAGAGAAUGAAAACACACCUAUGAGAAUUUUCAAUCUACACUGUGAGGAGUUUUAUUUAUCUAUUUUUUUAUAAGUAUUUAAAUGAAACAUAAGUUGAGUAAAAAAAUAUCAAUGUGUUUUUAAAUUUUAUGUAUAUGAGCAUUUGUAACCUAACGGCUAAGAUUAGAUUAAUUUGUUGGUUAAAUUUGGUUUGUGUGUUGGUUAGAUUUAGUUAAUUUUUUGUUAAGUUUGAAAUGUGUUUUAUUAAUAGAACAUGUGUAUUGAUUGUUUUUGUAUCUUUUAUAAUUAUUCAAUAUGAAACAUUCUAAAUAAU